UGUGUGUAUGAGUGUAUGUAUGAGUGUAUGUAUGAGUGUAUGCAGACAGAUGCUCUUCUCUUCUUUCUUCUCAUCAUCUCGUCUGUUUAGUCAACAGAACUCAAUGGGCCCCCGAAAGUCACAGGUCGACACCAGGCCAAAUAUAGAGAGCCAUAAAGCCUCUUAGGAGAGAACCUUCUUACGAUUCCCUUUCCGUGAACAGCAUCUGCAAAUAGACCACACAAAGAUCCUUAAGCCAAAAUCCCUCCCAGGUAUUUAAUUCUGAAUGAGUAAUUACUGGGUGUGUCAGUGUGUCUUUGGUCUGCGGGUACGUGUGGUGUAGUCGCUCAUCACACCCUGGCUUUGGAGCGAGUCGCACACUCACACCGACACGCACACUCAGAAAUACACUGCACCGAGCAAGGGAACCGCUGAAGAACCCAGUCGCGUAGGGGGGACAGAUCAGACGAAGCCGCCAAGAUGUGUGACAUGGGGGGAUUGGAUAACCUGGUGGCCAACACAGCCUACCUGAAAGCCCAGGGUGGCGACGACAAGGAGAUGAAGAAGCGUCGCCGAAGUCUAUCAUUACCCAAGCCCGAGCAGUGUGCCGCCAUCCGGGAAACUGUGGAUAACAACUUUGAGUCGCUUUGCGAGAGGCAGCCGAUCGGCAAGAAGUUCUUCCGGCAGUUCCUGACUUCUACCCCAGAGUACAUCAAUGCCGCUGAGUACCUGGACGAGCUGAAUGACUGGGAUCUGGCGGAAGGCGCUGACAAGGACAAGCAGAGGACGAACAUGAUGAACAAGUUCUGCAACGCCGCCUCCAAGAACUUCCUGACAUACCUCACUGGGGAGGUAGCCGACAAGUGCAAGGCAGUGACGGACAAGGACUUUGAUGAAGUGAUGAAUGUUAAGGUGAAGGAAGCCACACGGGAGUUUCUGAAAGGCAAACCGUUCACGGAUUACCAAACUAGCCCCUUCUUUGACAAAUUUCUGCAGUGGAAGGAGUACGAGAAGCAGCCCAUCAGUGAUAAAACCUUCUAUGAGUUCAGAACUCUGGGCAAGGGAGGUUUCGGAGAGGUAUGUGCCGUACAGGUGAAAAACACAGGCCAGAUGUACGCCUCCAAGAAGCUGUGCAAGAAACGCCUGAAGAAGAAACAUGGGGAGAAGAUGGCCCUACUGGAGAAGCAGAUCCUGGAAAAGGUCAACAGCCUGUUCCUUGUCAACCUGGCCUACGCCUACGACAACAAGACCCAUCUGUGCCUUGUCAUGACCCUGAUGAAUGGCGGUGACCUCAGGUACCACAUCUAUUACGUCAGUGAGAAGACCAAGGGUAUCGAGAUGCCACGCAUCAUCUACUACACAGCGCAGAUCUGCACAGGCAUCCUUCAUCUGCAUGAAAUGGAUAUCAUAUACCGUGAUAUGAAGCCAGAGAACGUGCUGCUGGACAGCUUUGGCCAGUGCCGACUCUCUGAUCUGGGUCUGGCCGUGGAGCUGCCCGCUGGAAAGACCAUCUCCCAGAAGGCUGGAACCGGAGCGUACAUGGCCCCUGAGAUCCUACAGGAUGUUCCCUACAGGACGUCAGUGGACUGGUGGGCCCUGGGGUGCAGCAUCUACGAGAUGGUGGCUGCCUACACCCCAUUCAAGGGUCCCGAAUCCGGAAAGCAGAAGGUGGAGAAGGAGGAGGUGCAGCGUCGCAUCAUCAACGAUGAACCCCCGUGGGAGCACAAGAACUUCGACGCGCCCACCAAGGCCAUCAUCCAGGAGUUCCUUAAGAAGAAGACUGAUGAACGCCUGGGCUGCAAGGGAGGAGGCGAGGACCCCCGAAAACAUGAGUGGUUCAAGGCCAUCAACUUCCCUCGUCUGGAGGCUGGUUUGAUCGACCCCCCUUGGGUGCCCAAGCCCAACGUGGUCUACGCCAAGGACACUGGCGACAUUGCUGAGUUCUCUGAGAUCAAGGGCAUUGUGUUCGAUGCCAACGAUGAGAAGUUCUUCAAGGAGAUUGGCACGGGAGCCGUGGCCAUUCCAUGGCAACAGGAGAUGAUCGAAACGGGACUGUUUGACGAGCUCAACGACCCCAACAGGAAAGAGUCUGCUGGGGGGGGUGACGACGAGGGAAAGUCUGGCACAUGCACGCUGCUGUGAGCAACCAAAAUUGCCACAUAUAUACACCAGUAUAUGGCACCAACACAUCAACUGAUUCACUAAAAUUACAACUACAAAAAAUUACACACAAAAAUAAUUAUACAAGGGAGGAGAGCAGCAGGAGAGAGAGAGAUGAGGUAUUCUUCCCUGGAACUGGUUGGUUACAAUUGAUUUUAGUAGCCAAAUGUUCCCUGAGCUGCAGAGCAAAUAGGAGGGUAAAAGGAGGCUUUACCAAGAAUAGUAUUGUAUCUUCAGAUUGCAGCUACUCCCAGAUGUUUCACAUGAUGUAGUAGUACCCUCCUGGCCAACAGGGGUCGCUAAAAGUAAAAUAUAACAAAUUCAUAUUGUGGAUACAAAAAUAUGAUAUGAUUCAUGGAUAGCCCUCAAACCUAGGCAAGGAAUAUGGUUGGGAUCUCGUUCUUGAUUACGAUGCAUUAAUUGAAUUUGAUACAGCCACGUUUUUUUUUCGCUCCCCCCACCCCGCUACAUUCCUUUUGCCUCUCUAAAGGCAGAGGUGAUAUAUUUUUUUGUCAAUGUCUCUAUGGACACAUCACCUUAUUACAAAUUUCACCAGGAAGCAAUCAAAAGCAAAUAAACAAUCAUUUCUACCAACAGAAGUUAUUUCAAAUGAUAUGUGGCAGAGGUAAUGUUUACUUACCUACAGUGACUCUUCACCUUUAAACCCAGUGAAGUCAAUCACUAGAUUUCCAAGAAGGUGGACUUUACAGUCCAGCAUCUAGUUUUAUUUUCAGAAUGGGUUGUAUAUGAAUAAAAAUAUGUAUAUCUAUGCACUGAGAGGGGAGAAAUCCACAGAUUAUGUGCUAGUCAGGACUGGAUGAAUGCUCAACUCUUGUGGUUGGGAAGGUUCUAUGCCCUGGUUCGUCAGGAGAGAGGAAUGUAGAGAAAAGCCAGUUGGACUCUAUAUUCGAAAGUUGAACAUUGAGAGGAGUUGGGCUAGGCCGACAAUGUGUUCUUGUACAAGGAAUAUCUAUUCAGCCCCUCCAUAAUCUUCCCUGAGGUAUGUGUGCGCAACUUUAACUGGAAAAUUGCUUCCAUUGAUGAGAUUUGUCUGACGUUCGACAAAUCUAGCUAGCUAGCUUUGGAAACUUUGAACCAAAAAAUAAUCACAGUUCCCUUCUGUCUUGUCUCAAGACUUAUUUCAUAUAACUUUAAAUUGACAAACUUUCUAGAUCUUGACCAGUGUUAUGUUUUUACAGUAAAUAUGUAAAUUAUACUGUGAAUAUAAAUAUGAUAAAUAUACUUGUAAAUAUAAUAUGAGAUGAAAACAUUACAUAUGCUACUGUAGGAAUGUCAGACAUUUACCAGGGACUCGCUUGAAUCUUGAAUGAUUUGAAUAAAAAAAGAGAUGUCUUUUACAGCUUGUGUUUUUUUUUACUACUUCCUGUGGUACUUCACUAUUGUACUUGUGUGUUCUUGUGUAACAGCACUUCUCAUUCAUUUCGCUCAAAGUGCUGCAUUGGGAAUCAAACAGCUGAACAUAAGAUUUAAGCGCUACCCCUCAUGAACUUGGACAAAAGAUCCCCUUGUUCUAAGAGACUCAAAGUCCCACAAUGUCCAUCUGUAGCCCCUACAUGUUACAUAUAUAACCCGGGGGAAAGCACUGCAGCAGUCUUGAGUGAAACCCAAAAAUAUUGACUGCAUUAAUCCCAUUAGGUAGAGAUCACAAGCAGGCAGAUUUCAGCGUGCUACUCUUAGCUGAUAAGAUGAUAAUCAGCCUUACCCCCAGCAUACUUAAAAACCCCUAGAGUCGAUGUCUGCCCCCAGCUGACAUUUAAAUUAGCAUAAUAGAAACAUCCCCAUCAAAAUCUGUUUGUUUAAGCUAGAUAUCUGUUUUUUGCAUGGGCUGCAAAAAUCCAAAAAUGUGCAAUCCACCGCAUCCGCCGACAGGGGCCUUCCUCAUCUGUGGUGGAAGGUAGCAGAGCUACAGUAGGGUUUGUCAGACCAGGAGACAUCCCGAAAAUCGGUCUUCUCACAAAAAUGUCUGUAGCGUCUGAACGGUUAAAUCAACCUCUAAUCUCCCAGGACAUAAAGGGAAGCCUCAGGAGGAUAGAUGCAUUACAAAAUGGCGUUUAGCUACUGAACAAGAUAGGUGGGGAAAAUAGAGCUCAAACCUGAGAGAUUAUUAGUCAUGUUUGUUUAGGCGACCAAAUCAAUAGACUACUGGAGAGGGAGUAAGCACAGGGUGAAAGAGACGUGGAAAAGGAAAGAAAGAGUGGGAGAGAGGAGGCAGAGCAAGAGAUGUAUAAAGAGAAAACAGUGUGUUUUUUAAUCCGUUUUUGAGUGAAACAGAAUGGGCGGAGGGGACAUCCCUGACAUUUGCCCCAGUGCGGCAUUUCUCUCCCUUGCUGCAGAGACGAUGUUCCAAGGGUAGGGCUUAAGGGCCGUUAAGGGAGUGACGAAGGUAGAAGAAGCUACUCGAGCUAAAAGCAGAGAGAUUAUCUGUUAAGGAGUGGGACUCAGGUAUUGACAGCUAUUGGAGGUGAAGGACAGUGCCACAAACUGUUGGAUCCUAGAGUUCAACAUACUAUAGCCAUAGCCUGUCGCAGGGAUUUUCCUGAUUUAUUAGAAAUUCUAGCUUUUCUGAUCAUGACAUUAUCCUCCAAGAUUGAAAUUGACUUAUUCCCAAACCAGUAUCCUAUUUUUCCUGAUGUUCUAUGUCUAAUCACAUCCCUGCAUCAGCCCUUGAACAUAGGCCUAUUAUAUAAGGAGUGUAAUACCUUGGCUAAACAUGUAGCUAAUAAAGAUAGCAAGUGCUGGUUUAUGUGUAAUGUUCUGAACAUAUUAGUCUGCUCCAACAGUGUCACAAUGACUGAAAUCAAUAGCAAGCAAGAGAGAAACAUUAUACUUCUCUCAGCAAGCAAGCCCCUUCAAUUAAUGUAUUCCUCUAUAUCACAGUUUUUUAAGGUAAAUUACUUGUGGUAAUCAAAGUAAUUAGCUAAUUGCCAACCAAGCUACUUUAAUUGAAGCUGAUGCAUAUGAUCUACUACUCAUGAAAAUGGGUGCUUGAACCCAAUUAUUGCCCGAGAGCAAACGAUUUGGCUAAUACUAUGCUAGAUAUCACCACUGGGUGGCACCAUCGCAAAGGGGAUGUUACAGCAAGCAAGGAAGGACUCUUCAGUCGACGGAUCUCUGCCUUAAUGCUGCUGCCCUCUUGUGGCUAAAGUAGAAUAUCACAUGUUAUUUGCUCCUGGACAAUCAAUAAAUAACCACACUUAAGAGGACCACAGCUUAGUUUUCUCCCCUGCCCCCCC